GUUGUUUGAGUACCAUGGCAGGGUAUCUCCGGUUCCUCGGGUGGUGCCAGUCAAACGUCCGCGAGUGGCGGUGCCGCUGUUACGACGGGUCAAAUCUCUGCCAGUCAAACUGUUGGCACGUAAUGCCUCCGUCCUCCCCACCAGCAACGGCAACAAACAGAGAUUGAAAGGAACAGAGCUUCAGGCGAUCAAGUCGGAGUUGACUCAGAUUAAAGCCAACAUCGAGGCUUUACUGGGUAGACUGGAGCAGAUCACAGAAGACCCACAACACAUUACCGCCACAGAUUUGGUGAAGGCGGAGGAGUGUAAGAACGACGAGACAUGGCAGGAAGGAGACGAGUGGAGUUCGGAGCCAGAGGACGAGGAGGGGCAGAGACAGAGCAGCGAGGCCGAAGAGGAGGAGAAAGACGAGGAAGAGGAGGAGGGCGAGCACACGCAGGAUGACGCCCACAGCCACAUGGAGAACAGUCACCUAUCAUCAGAGAUGGACUCCGUUCACCCAUAA